AUGUAUAGGCCAGAAGAAUAUGAUGAGAUUGUGUCGGCAGAAAUACCAAAUGAGAAGGAUAACCCUCACUUGUAUAAAAUGGUUGUCAAGCACAUGCUUCAUGGCCCGUGUGGUAUACUGAACGUUGAUAAUGUUUGUAUGAAAAAGAAUGGUACUUGCAAAAACUCAUACCCGAGGCCUUAUUCUAAUGAGACCACUCAAACAUCUGAUGCAUACCCGAUCUACCGGAGGCGAAAAAAUGGGGUGACAGUCAAAGUUAGGAAAGCUACACUUGAUAACCGAUGGGUAAUACCAUACAAUCCCUACUUGCUAGCAAAGUUUGAUUGUCAUAUCAACGUAGAAAUAUGCUCGACAAUAAAGGCAGUCAAAUAUAUAUAUAAGUACAUAUGUAAAGGUUGUGAUAGAAUAAGUUUUGCUGUGUCAUCGAAUAAUGAUUCCACGCUGAUAGAUGAAAUAGACCAAUAUCAGUCAGGGAGAUGGGUUUCGGCUCCAGAAGCAACAUGGAGGUUCUACAGGUUCGCAAUGAGUGAGAUAAAACCUGCUGUUAUACAUUUGCAGCUGCAUUUAGAGAAUUAUCAGCCAUUGACUUUUAAAAAAAAAGAAAAGCUGAAAAAUGUGUUGAAUAAUCCAGUCCAGAGAAAGACUAUGCUUACUGAAUUUUUUUUUAUGAAUAGAACUGACAAGUUGGCCCCAGACUUGGACUUGACCUACUCUGAGUUCCCAGAUCAUUUUGUUUGGCUGCAAGGGGACAGAUUUUGGAAACAUAGGGACCUAGGGGAUUCUGUAGGCCGAAUAGUAGCAGCUCAUCCAACUGAAGGUGAAAGGUAUUACUUGAGAAUACUAUUGUCAAAAGUCCGUUGUCCUAAGUCCUUCAGUGAUUUAAAAAUGUUUAAUGGCCAUCAGACCACCACUUUUAGGGAAGCAUGCUUGUUACGUGGCUAUUUGGUAGAUGAUAAUAGCCAGCAAUUAUGUUUACAAGAGGCCUCUACUUUCCACUUGCCCUAUGAACUCAGACGCCUUUUUGCCACCCUUCUGGUUUAUUCAUGCCCCAACAACCCUUAA